UCAGAGCAGCAGGACAAAGUGCUGGUGACCAGGACAGAGACCUGAGAGCCGCCAUGGGCUCUGGAGGGGCGGGCCUCCUCGGGGCCCAGUGGCCGCUGUCUCUCCUGCUUCUGCUCGGCACGGGAGGCAUGGCCCAGGACUCCCCACCCCAGAUCCUAGUCCACCCGCAGGACCAGCUGCUCCAGGACCCCGGCCCCACUAAGAUGACCUGCCGAGCCUCAGGCCAGCCGCCUCCCACCAUCCGCUGGCUGCUGAACGGGCAGCCCCUGAGUGUGGAGCCCCCAGAAGUACACAACCUCCUCUCCGAUGGAACUCUGUUGCUGUGGCAGCCCCCAGCCCGGAAACGUGCCCACGACAGCCAGGCCCUCUCCACAGUCCUGGGCAUCUACACAUGCGAGGCCAGCAACCGGCUGGGCACAGCUGUGAGCCGCGGUGCCCGGCUGUCUGUGCCUGUCCUUCAGGAGGAUUUCCAGACCCAGCCUCAGGACACGGUGGCCACGGUGGGUGAGCAGGUGAUCCUGAAGUGCGGGCCACCCUGGGGCCACCCUGAGCCCACAGUCUCAUGGUGGAAGGAUGGAAAACCACUGGCCCUCCAGUCGGGGCGGCACUCGGUGUCCAGGGGUUCCCUGAUGAUGCUUAGAGCAGAGAAGAGUGAUGAAGGGACCUAUAUGUGCAUGGCCACCAACGACGCAGGACGGCGGGAGAGCCGGGCAGCCAGGGUGACGGUUCGGGAGCCUCAGGGCUACCGGGAGCCCGUGGAGCUUCUGGCUGUGCGCAUUCACCUAGAAAACGUGACCCUGCUGAACCGGGACCCCUCAAAGGGCACCAAGGCUGGGCCUGCUGUGUGGCUCAGCUGGAAGGUGAGUGGCCCCGCUGCACCUGCUCAGUCCUACACAGCACUGUUCAGGGCCCAGACCGUGCCCGGAGGCCAGGCGGCCCCGUGGGCAGAGGCCCUGCUGGCGGGCUGGCAGAGCGCGGAGCUGAGGGGCCUCCACUGGGGCCAAGACUACGAGUUCAAGGUGAGGCCAUCCUCUGGCCGGGCUCAAGGCCCCGACAGCAACGUGCUGCUCCUGAGGCUGCCCGAACAAGUGCCCAGUGCCCCUCCUCAGGAGGUGACCCUCAAACCUGGAAAUGGCAGCAUCCUUGUGAACUGGGUGCCACCACCAGCUGAAAGCCACAAUGGCCUCAUCCGUGGCUACCAGGUAUGGAGCCUGGGCAACACCUCAUUGCCCCCAACCAACUGGACACUGGCAGGCGAGCAGACCCAGCUGGAGAUUGCCACCCAGUCGCCAGGCUCCUACUGUGUGCAGGUGGCCGCAGUCACUGGGGCUGGGGCUGGGGAGCCCAGCAGCCCUGUCUGCCUCAUUUUAGAGCAGGCCAUGGAGCAAGCUGCCCAAGAACCCAGUGACGCCUGGAAUCCGUGGAGCUUCGAGCACCUAAGAGCCACCUUGAGGCGUCCAGAGGUCAUUGCCACCGGGGGUGUCAUGCUCUGGCUGCUGCUGCUGGGCAUCACUGUGUGUGUGCACCGCCGGCGCCGAGCUGGGGUGCACCUGGGCCCAGGUCUGUACAGAUACACCAGUGAGGACGCCAUCCUAAAACACAGGAUGGACCACAGUGACUCCCCCUGGCUGGCGGACACCUGGCGGUCCACCUCUGGCUCCCGGGACCUGAGCAGCAGCAGCAGCCUUAGCAGCAGGCUGGGAGUGGACCCGCGGGACCCGCUAGACCGUCGCCGCUCCCUGAUCUCCUGGGAUCCCCGCAGCCCUGGUGUGCCCCUGCUUCCCGACACCAGAACUUUCUACGGCUCACUCAUCGCCGAGGUGCCCGCCAGCCCUCCAGCCAGACCAAGCCCCCAGACCUCAGCUCUCAGGCAUCACCCAGCCCAGCUGGCACGGCUCUCCAGCCCCUGGGCCAGUUCAGACAGCCUCAGCGGCCGCAGGGGGCUCUCUUCCCCACGCCUUUCUGGGGCCCCCGCAGAGGCAUGGAAGGCCAAAAAGAAGCAGGAGCUGCACCAGGCCAACAGCUCCCCGCUGCUCCGGACUGGCCGCCCUGCGGAGCUCUGCGCCUGGGAGGUGGGGUGCAAAGGCUCCAAGAACCUGUCCCACAGCCCAGAAGCUGCGCCCCGAGCUCUGGUUGCCUGGCGGGCUCUGGGACCACAGAUCCUCGGCUCCUCCAACGAGCUGACUCGCCCUCUCCCGCCAGCACCCCUCUCUUCUCAUGGACCCCCCACACAGAGUCAACAGACCCAGCACUCGGUGGAGCCCCAAGCUCCCCCCUCCUUCCCACCGCCAGCAGCCCCCGUCCCCUCCAGUAUCGCCCGCCACUCUGGCCACCAGGCCUCUCCCCUCUCUGGCCCCAGCCCAACCUCCAGUCGCCUGUCCAGCUCUUCACUGUCGUCCCUGGGGGAGGAUCAGGACAGUGUGCUGACUCCUGAGGAGGUGGCCCUGUGCCUGGAGCUCAGUGAGGGUGAGGAGACGCCCAGGAACGCUGUCUCUCCUAUGCCAAGGGCUCCCUCGCCCCCCAGCACCUAUGGGUACAUCAGCGUUCCCACAGCAUCAGAGCUCGCGGACAUGGGCAGGGAUGGAGGAGGGGUAGGGUCCGAGGUGAGGGGCUUGCUGUGCCCGCCUCGGCCCUGCCUCACCCCCACCCCCAGUGAGGGCUCCUUGGCCAAUGGCUGGGGCUCGGCCUCCGAGGACAACGCCCCCAGUGCCAGAGCCAGCCUGGUCAGCUCCUCCGACGGCUCCUUCCUCGCCGAUGCCCACUUCGCCCGGGCCCUGGCGGUGGCUGUGGACAGCCUUGGCUUCGGUCUAGAGCCCAGGGAAGCAGAUUGCGUCUUUACAGGUGCCUCACCACCUCCCUCCCCCCGGGAUGACCUCUUCCUGACGCCCACCCUCUCCCUGCCCCUGUGGGAGUGGAGGUCAGACUGGCUGGAGGACUUGGAGAGUAACCACAUCCAGCAACUGGGGAGGGGGCUGCCUCCCUGGCCGCCUGACUCUUAGAAGUCUCCCCAGAGAAGUCAUCUCAGCUGUCCUGCACCCGAGGCUGGCAACUCCUCCUGAGGCACGUCCUCGAGACCCCCGAGACCCCCGAGAAGAGAGCCGGAACUCCCUCUCCUGACAGCCACUGACCCUGAGGGACAGCUGGGCCCUGGACUGUGGCUCUCAGUCUGUGCACCUCUGCAGGUGGGCACAGCCCGUCCAAGGGGCCCGCAAGAGAGCUCUCCCUCCUUAAUCGUGAAAUGCAAUGAAACGACACAAAAUCACAGCCCAGCCAACCUGGACCCGCGGCAGCAGAGACUUCUCGCCACCUGCUGCCCUUGCUUUUCUCUCCUCUGUCCAAUGGCACAGCCGCCUGCUGGACGUCAGGAGCGGCCCACCUCCUGACCUCCCGCCCACGAGGAUCACAAGAAGUGGGGGACUGGGGUCUUUCUGGGGGACAAUGGCAGCUUGGGGAGGAAGGGGCCCCUCAAGCCUCCCCUCAGGCUCCCUGGACCGUUGCCCCACGCAGGCCCCCUGCUCCCCCCGUGCCGUGCAGAGGAAAUACAGAGCAGGGCGCCUGAGGCCACGAGGCGGAACCCAGCACCAAGGCCAAGGUUCCAGAUGGACCCAGGGAGGGAGCUGAAGGGAGGGGGGCGCGGAACGUGGGACAGAAACACCCUCCCCACACUGCUGUCACUGUGAGCUUAAGGAAU